AUGCCUCCAAUUAAAUCUAACAAGCAAACUCUUCUAAUACAAAAUUUUGAUCAAUUUGGGUUCAAGAUUAAAACCAUUGUGCUAAGAAAAAAUAAAAAUGCUGCAAGACUUUUCUUUUUAAAAUUAACAGAUCCUAAUAGUAGUAAUACUGGUACUGAAAUACCUAAAAAUAUUACUAUCAAAGAUUUUCCUGACCAAAUCGAAGAAUGUGAACCAUGGCCAAACACAAAUGACUUCUUAAUUCAUUUUCAUAAUAUUUAUAUAAUUAAAUAUAAAGGUGUUAAAAUUUAUCAAAUGAAUUUUGCAAAAAAAAUUCUUAUUUAUAGAUUUCCAAAAAAUGAAUCUGUAUUGUUAACUGGUAUUCAUGAUGAGAUUAAAAAAUUAUGUAUAAAGCAAGAAUAA